AUGGCCUUGGCUAUGGGACUAAAAGCAACACUAAACCAGUGUUUCGCUGUACCACUGGUGGUCCUCUCCACGAGAAGCCAUGCGUCAAAAUUCUCCGAGGGUCCGGCAGUGUUGCUCGCUCCCCUCUUACGGAUUACCUCCUCCUGUUGGUGGGAGUCGUACAAAGUAGACCAACAAGUAAAUAGAUACUCUACACUCGACACGACGCGCGCCAUCCACGAUCCCAGCUUGCUGUUUCCAUUGAUCUUCCGUGUGAUCUAUCCAUCCGAAACAGACCCUGAACGGAUUUCCGGACCCCGAGCUUCUUCGGUUUUCUGUUUGUUCGAUCUCAAGGGUCUCUGCCGGCCCGGAGAUCCUUGA